AUGAAACGAUCAAGAACAACACCCCUUCUUCCACUUUCCCUCUCCCGGGAAACGUUGUGUGUCCGUGCGCUGGAGCCCAAGGCCGGGGGGGAGUGGGUGGUCAAGGUUGCACCGGAUGUAAAAGUCGCAUUGAGGAAAGCAGAGCUCAUCUUCUCCGAAAAGUUUGUCGGUGAGACGCGAUCCUCCUCCUCUUCCUCCUCUUCCUCCUCCUCCUCCUCACGCGCCUCAGGGCCUCUCACAGCUCGAGGACAUUCCGGGAACCAUCUGUUUCCGCAGAGCUGGUGCGCAGGAAGCCACGCGCGCACAUUUGCAAGGAAAGGAGAGGUGCUCGGCUGCCAGAACCUGUGGUGA